AUGUCAAACCCCAACCCUGUCCAUUCAUCUACCAACCUCUUCAGGAGAUUAUCAUGGCAGACCUCCGUAUCGAUAUCUAUACGUAUAGCAGAUGGAGAACCAGGUGCAGGUAUAGGUGUAGAUAAGUAUUUUAUCCAAGCCCCGAGAUAUACCUACUUACCCCUUCUGAUACCUGAAAUACGAGAGAACCUGGUGGAACUGGCUCUGGAUGAUAAACAGCUAGAGGAGACGGACGAGAAAGAUUGGUGGUUUGAAGAAGAGGAAGAUGAAAACCAAGAACCUGGUGGUUUUGCUGGACAGGGCGCUUGCAGGUGGCACUGGCCAAUCGAUCUCCUCUCUAUCCACUCAUAUAUCUCUCGACCCCGUCCGCUGCCUCUUCCAUCAUCGUCGUCAACAGAACCGAAACAGCUGAAGUUAAUCUUACAUCUAUCGAAACCGCCUAUAGAUAGGUUAUUGAUGCCUAACAAUAUAGAGACGUGUAAGACACAAUGGUUGAAUCAAAUCAAAGAAGCUGAUUUCGUCAGAUGGAGGAAUACGAACAAAGUGACUGGGUUGAGGAAGACGGAGCUAGAUAAUGGGUGGGAUGGGAUUGUACAGGACGACUACGAAGCCUACCUCAGAAUGGCCUCUCGCAUAUUACCCCUUCCCAUCGCUCCAGCGGUGGGGUCAAAUAUGACUUCACCGAAUCCUUCUCGACCACCUUCGACCGAUCCAUCAGGAUCGACUGCUAAAGCUGAAUCGGCUUAUUCCACGCGAGCAAUACCGAUCAAGAUAUAUUUACCUGAUAAUGCACCUGUCAUUCAGGAGGUGGUACCUCCAAUAGGGAGUGACGGUAAACCAACGACCCUCUUGUCUGUCCUUCGCCAACACCUCCACCUCCUCUUCCCUUCAAGAUCAUCUGACCCCUAUUCACUGGCAUUCCCCAUAGCUCAAGGUAUACUGAUACCUGAACAAUCUGAAGUGGCUUGGCUGGCCGCGUGUAUGUGCGGUGCGGACGGCUGGCUGAGAAUCGGUAUAUGUCUCAGGGCCCAGUGA